CUCAAACUCUGAUUUUGCGACGUGGUUUUAGCAACAACGUCCUUUAUUUUUAUUUUUUUGUGUGUGUUUAAUUUGGAUUAACUUUGUGGAAGAUACUUUGGCGGAAAAAUGAGCGCGACUCUCAGCUCCCGUGGAUGAUGAUGUCCCACGAUGAACACAGAUUUUCAAAAUCCGCUGCAAGUCCCUCGACCGAAAGUCCGCAGUCAUCUGACCAUCAAAGUGCAGUCCAAACUGAUGUCAAGGCCUUGUCCCUCUGUGCGUGGCUCAAAUCCUCCUCUUGCCCCCAAGCCCAAACCUUUCUAUGAGUUUAUACCGCAGAGGGAAAGCCUCAGUAAUGGAGACCUGUCUCAUUCAAAUGGCGAAACGGGUCCUCAUGAGACGGCUGAGGAAAACCAGGACAACGAAGGGAAAACCGAGACAGAGGGGAAGGUUGAUGACGUAGCUGAAGGAGAAGUUAAGGUCGAAAGACAGGAGGGGGGAACAAUAUUUAAUAAUAAAGACGAUGACAUCGAGAGUGUUGGCUCUGAAGACACAGUUAUAGAGGAUGACGGUUCGACUGCAGACACCACGGACGAUGAAAAUCCUGACAAUGACCCAAAUCAGCCUAAUGCUGACCUAAACAAAGAUAAUGAUACAUUGACCCUUUCUUCUUCUCCAAAUGAAAACAAGGAGGUGGUAUCUAGUAAGGAAGAGGAAGGGGACACACAUGGACUUAGUGGAAAGACUGUUAUAGACUUGGAUGAACAAAAGCUUGAUCAAAUGUAUUCACUCAGUCAGGGUGAGACAGACUUUAUUCAGUUUGACUUGUCAGCAGAAGAUACUGAGCUGGACGUUGGAAGAUUUGUGUUUGGAUUCUGCACGCUCCCAACUGUAACUGAGGAGUAUCCCUACGAUGUGAUUGGCCCCACAGACGGCGCUAGUGAUACAUGUGAGUCUUGUGACCCGGCUGAAAGUGGAGAUGCUGAAGUAUGGCAACCAGAACGUGCCACCAAAGAUGUCUCGGGCUGCUUUCGGUUUACAUCCAGCACUGAGGAUGUGUUUGGCCCAUAUUCAGUAAUCGAAGCUGUCCCGUCUGAUAUGACUUGUACUGCUGAUCCUGAAUGGGGUGAGGAAGACAUUAAUGACAAGCCAUCGAAUGAUCAGCAGACAUCAGGUGCUUCAAACCAAGAACCUUUCUAUGUGUCUUCAGAUGAUGUAGAAAAACUGGAAGAUAAGCAAACCCUAAUAGAGCAGGCCGAGGCUGAAGAGGUACAACACUUGAAUCAGCAUAAAGACAACGCAAAAGACACUGAGUCAGCAGAUGAGUAUGCAGACAUUCAGGAUUCUCCCUGCCCUAAAGUUGAUGACUUUGAACAGUUAGAGUGUGUCUCAUCAGAAGAUUACGUGGAAAUAGGUGAUGAGGAUGAAGAAGAGCAGACAGAAAAGAAACAUGUCAAGGGAAAAAGUGCAAAAGAGAGAACAGCUCAACGAGAGCAGGCUAUCCUCAGCCAAAGAAGAAGCUGCCAGCCUCGCCUAAGGUUAUGCAACAUCACUGUGCCAAAAGAAUUAGACCUGGGCCGCACCCCAGAGCUCACCAACAGGGUGGUGUUCGCCCACACCACUGAGGCGUUUGAAGAAGACAUAGAAGAACUUGAUUGCCAUAUUGUGCCUUUCUAUGAGGACACAGACUCAGACAGUGAAGAGCAUAUUUAUGAGGAAGCAGGGUUUGACUCAGAAGGGGAGAACUUUUUGAACAUAGAUAGAAAGACCAUUGUGACACGUUCUCGCUCAUAUUCUGGCAAAAUUCCUGGUUAUGUCCCAGAAACCGUGCCCGAGGAGACAGGGACUGAGUACCAAACGCAUGACUACUGCACAGUGGCCUUGGAUAGAAGCAGUGAAACGAUCAGCCAAUCACAGGCGCCAGGGGACAACUGCCUGAUCCCAUCUACGAAGUCUCGCCGCUUCCUUCUGUACUCCCGUUCUACAGGGAGUCCAGAAGCAUCCAUGGCUGACCAAUCUCCAAAGGACGAGUUAAGGAUGAAGAGGAAAGAUGACACUCUCUCACUUCCAUGUGUCAUGACGUCUUCUGGGAGUUUCUCCCAAAGAAGCCAGCAGUCGUCCAGCGGCGUUUCCACUCCAACCUCUCUAGUGGACAUCCCCCCACCCUUUGAACUGGCAUACAUUACCAAAAAACCUGUAACAAAGAGUUCCCCUUCUCUUUUGAUCCAGCAUGAGCCCGACGACCAAUUUAAAAAGAAGAAAAUCUCCUUUAAGCGCUUUUUGGCUCUCAAGUUUAAGAGAAAGACAGACUCAAAAGGUUUCAGUGACGGUUCUGUUCGUUCAUCUCGAUCUUCUUCUGAGUCCAGUCAUCAUGGCCCGGCAAGAGUCAUUGAGCUUGACCGUAGAAGCAACGGCAGCUCCCCUCAGCUGCAGUCUCAUAUUGUAAACCCACAUCAGCGUCCUUCAGACCGGACGUCAAACUUGGUCCUCUAUAAAAAUCAUCAGAGGAGGAAAAGUGAACUCAAAGCUUAUGGCAGAGGUGUCUUCAGAGUUGAGUCCUUCGAGGAACGCUCUCAUCGCUCCGCCAUGCCGUUGCCUUUAACGAAGCCCCGCUCGAUUUCCUUCCCCAGUGCAGACACCUCUGACUAUGAAAAUAUUCCGGCUAUGAGCUCUGACUAUGAGAACAUUCAAAUUCCAGGCAGACCGACCAGAUCGCACACUGUGACUGAGUUUUUUGAGGAUCCAAAUCGCAUGACAGCUUCGUGUAAUGAGAACGAUGGCUACGUGGACAUGAACAGUUUCCCGGGGAUAGACAGCAAGUCCCAGACAUCAAAAGCAGAUGCUGAAAGUGCCUACACAGAACCGUUCCCACUGAGCGCAGUCUCUGCUGGGUCAGCCGAGGAGGACCACGGACGGACCUCGGAAGAAGAAGAGGGGGCUGCUGAGCAAAAUUAUGAUCGACAGAUUGAUGGACGAUCCCGAGCGUUCUACAUUGCCAAGGAGCUUGUCGACUCUGAGAGACUACACGUCAGUGCCCUCAAGUACCUUCAAGAGGACUUUAGGCCAGCGGUGGCUGAAGCCGUGGGGGAGGACGGCAAUCCGGUUGUGGAGGAGCAGAGGUUGGAGGAGAUAUUGGGUGUUCUUCCUCAGGUCUUCACCCUCCAUAGCAACAUUUUGGCUGAGCUGGAAGAGCGCAUUAGUCAAUGGGAGGAAGGCCAACAGGUGGUAGAUGUGAUCUUGUCACAUCGUGAGGACUUUAAGGUGUUUGACACCUUCAUCUCUGAGUAUGAUCGCAGUAUGUCCAUACUGGAAGAGAGCUGCAGAAUCAACUCUGCCUUCUCCAGCAUUGUCAAGAAAUUUGAGAGGAAGAGUCCAGAAGAUGCCGAAGUCCCCCUGAAAUACCAGCUACUGCAGGUCGUCGUGAGAAUACUGCAAUACCGCAUGCUUCUCACAGAUUAUCUGAACAACCUCUCCCCUGAUUCCAAAGAAUACGAGGACACGCAAGCUGCCUUGGUGAUUGUGUCCGAGGUGGCGGACCAGGCCAACGAUAAUUUGAAACAGGGGGAGAACUUGCUGCGUAUGGUCCACAUAGAAUACAGCAUGAAGGGCAAGAGGGACCUCCUGAAGCCUGGCCGGAUGUUUGUUAAAGAGGGGACACUCAUGAAGGUCUCCAGGAAAAGCAGACAGCCCCGACAUCUAUUUCUGAUGAAUGAUAUAAUGCUGUACACCUACCCACAGCAAGAUGGGAAAUACAGACUGAAGAACACGUUGUCUCUGUCUGGAAUGAAGGUGAGCAAACCUGUUCUAGAUAAUGUGCUGAACUGCCUUAAGAUUGAGGUGUCAGACAUCACCAUCAUACUCUCUGCCAGCUCGAUUGGAGAGAGGGAAGACUGGUUCCAUACAUUGAGUCGGGCCAUUGCAGAUCACGCUGCAGGGCUCUGUACAUUUGGAGGAUCCUGCAAUGAGUCGCGUGAGAAGCUGUGGAUGGCCUUGGGCGAAGCUGCUCCAGUUCUGGUGCCUGUUUCUCAUGUGAUGAUGUGCAUGAACUGCACUUCUGACUUCAGCCUCACUCUCCGACGACAUCACUGUAACGCCUGUGGCAAGGUGGUGUGUCGAGCUUGCUCCAGGAACAGGUAUCCACUUAAGUACCUCAAAGACAGGGUGACCAAAGUGUGCGACCACUGCUAUGCCGAGCUCAGGAAAAGAGGCUGCAGUGUGUCGGGGGCAUGCGGCAAUUCAAGUCCACGCUCCCAACGGGCCAGUCGUCCCCUCUCGGCCGUCUUCCAAAGUCUGCAGACACAAAGUCUUUGGAAGAGCAGGAAGAGCACAGCCUCUCUCAGUCAAUUGCCUCUUGAGGUGGAGGGCUCCACCAUGAGCGGCAUCUUGCAGCGGCGAAAGAAGAGCAAGAGGAAAUGGAAACGUCUGUGGUUCCUUCUCAAAGACAAGGUGCUCUACACCUUCACAGCCUGUGAGGAUAAAGUGGCUUCAGAGAGUCUCUCGCUGCAAGGCUUCACCGUCAAGCUGACCGAGAGGCCCGAGGGCGAUGAGACCAGCAACGUGUUCCAUCUGUACCACAAGAAGACCCUCUACUACACCUUCAAGGCUGAUGAUCAUCACACAGCACGCAGGUGGGUCAACGCCAUUGAGGAGGCCACCGUUUUAUAGCACGAACAAACAGCCCGCACUGCCAUAAACAAUGUACCGUACUUCCAUGAAGACUGUAGAGUUUUUUGCCAAGACCUUCAUCCGAUCACAGCCUGCCUUUCAUUGGAAUCUGUUCUGGAAUCUGCCUGACUGACUGGCGGGAUGCCUCCUUGUGGUAAGGCAAGUCAAAUAACGCUUCAAAAGCCUGUCAGCCUCGAAUCUAGCGCACACCUUUUGGUUGUUAGUACUGUUGUGUGACGAGCCUGUGCCGGAACAUUCACUCUGCAGGAGCAGCUAGGGUCUGAUGAAAUGACUGGAACUGGUUAAGCUUCUACCCUGCGACUUCUGCAGACCGACUUUAUUUUUCUACCUGUAAACAUGAUUAUUGUGUUCUGCAAGAUGACAUUUUAUUGAGCAUUUUAUAGGCAUAAUACACAUGGCUUCCUGUUAUGGAUGUAUGGUAGGUUAGUACUGAAAUGUUUUAUGCCUUGUUAAAUUUUAGUGUUAUAUUGAAAAACUAUGGACACCCUAUACCAGUGGUUCUCAAACUUUUUUUUCACCAAGUACCACCUCAGAAAAAAAGUGGCUCUCCAAGUACCACUGUAAUGACCCAAAUAGCAUAGUAGGCCUAAGUAUUCAUUAAAAACAAGGCAGAUGUUUUAUUUAACAAUUAUGUUUAAUAUUUUUGGGCCACUGUAACAUUACACACAGUUUGAGUAUAGGAAAAAAAACAUUGUACUUUAAUCAAAUGAUUAUUUUGCGUACCACUAAGAGGAGCCCACGUACCCCUAGUGGUACACAUACCACAGUUUUAGAAUCCCUGUGCGACACUAUUCCAGGUUAGCCUCCAUUUAGGGCUGGGCGAUAUGACAGAAAACUGUAUCGCCGUAUAAGUGUUUUAUAUUGGUCGAUAUCGAUAAUUAUUGAUAUUAUUUAUGACCUAUCGUAAAUGUAUGAAAUGUAAACAUUUUUAUUUCAAAUUGAACCUUCUCGUUAUUAUAAUCCUCUCAGCUAUUGAGGCAGAAAGGAAAAUAAAUGUCAACACAACCAUGGAAAACACUAAAUCAAUGUAAACACUAAAACAAUACCUUUUAAAAUGAAGGCGCAAAAAAAAGGAUUAUUUAAGAAAUGCUGAAUAAAGUGUAACACAAUAGUGCAAAGUUUGAAAAUGUAAACAUAGAGAAAUCUGUAAAGAACUAUUGUCUGCAGUUUUAGUGCCAGGCUGUGCUCUAAAGGGUGAGCGCGGCUAAGGUGGUGUGGUAUCAUCUUGCAUCAUUGACAGACCACAUUUGUCUGACUACGUUCCAUUCAAAAAAAUCCCAAUUACCGUAUUUUCCGGCCCAUAGGGCGCACCGGGCAAUGCCGAUGAAUGGUCUAUUUUCGAUCUUUUUUCAUAUAUAAGGUGCACCGGAUUAUAGGGCACAUUAAAGGAGCCAUAUUAUUUAUUUAUUUUUUCUAAAUUGAAAACACUUCCUUGAGGUCUACAUAACAUGUAAUGGUCAAAAUGUUGCAUAGAUUAUGUUUUACACAUCAUCUUCAAGCCGAUUUGUGGGCGGUCUUAUUUACGUGGCUCACAUUCGGCAACGUCUUCUCCCCGUCAUCUUUGUUGUAGCGGUGCAGCGUGCAAGGACGGGAGUGGAAAAAGUGUCAAAAGACGGAGCUAACUGUUUUAAUGACAUUCAGAAUUUACUUAAAUCAAUAACGGAGCAGCAUCUCCUCAUCCGUAAACAACAACAAGGCCGGAAAUGUGUCCCGCAAAAAACAGUUGACCGGAACUCUCUAAUAACUAAAGUUCCUUGGGUGAAUAAUGUAAACUCACGACACCGGUAUGUUUUAGCGCUUUCAUGGCGAGUUUACUGACAGAUAUAAGUAAGAAAUUUACACUACUUUAUAUUAGAAAUGGCAACAGCAGAGGAUGAAAGUCCCAUAACAAGAAAAAAAAGAAGCUUAUUGACUACGGUGUCGGCACGGACUACAAAGGCGGACGCGUGCAAUUUUUUAGGAUUUAUGCAGAUCCCAAAUACAGAUCAGCAGGUACUUGAAGGUAAGAAAAGUUGCUUUUGCAUAAUAUUGCGAAACAAAACGCCAGAUAAUAUGUCUUAACUUAUACACACACCAUAAUAAUACUUGUAUGUUUAAUGCGGCAACAAUCCAUCAAGCGGUGUGGCGUCAUGGUUCACCAAAGUCGUACUAAAACAUUUUGAUGGAUUUUUGAGCGCCGUGUGUAAAGUUCUAUAUUUUCAAUGGAACAUAAAAAAUGUCGGUGUCGUUUCUAUCACUAAUGUUUUAUCGCCCAGCCCUAUUCCCAUUCUUACCACCAGGGUGUGCUAUUAUAUAUCCCAUUGUCUCCAGCAUACACGCCACUCAACAAUAUUACACUUAAUAACAUAUUUCCCAUCAGUAGGAUUGAAAGUAGCAGUUUGUUUCCUGCAAACGAUGAUAAAUGUGCCUGAUACUGAAAUGUAUUUCUUAUCAUGUUACGCAAUACUGUACUACUCUUCCCUCCAGAUGAACAUGUGCUUUUUUGAAAUCUACUGUACUGUUAUAGCUAGUAUUUUGACAGUUAGAAUAUAAUAUUGUGCCAUUUUAGGGCUGUAAAUAGGCUGCCGGUGUACAUCAUACUUACAAUGUCGAAAUUAGUCCGAAUUUGAAGCUUCAUCUUUCCUUACUGUAGAUAAACUUUGAUGAAAUAACAUCCACCCAUGCGUGAUUAAAACGUAUCACUGAUAUGUACUGUAUUUGGGUAUGAAUAAGUGUGACUUGAUCAUUUUGGUUUGAUUAUUACGCAUUGUAAUGUAGUUAUAAGCAGUUAUUAGAGCUCUUUAUUAAAGCAGGGCAUUUGUCAACACUUCUUUUAUAAAUAAAAUAAAAAAGAUAGAAAUUAUAUCAUAUUAUACAGUAUGGAGAUUUCUUUUUCUAUGCUUAUCCAGCAUCCGUAGUUUUGGGUGUAUAAAUAAAGGUGUUUGCUUACAACAGCGUUAUGUUGCGUUUGAACUAUUUAUUAUCUCACACUACAGUUUAGAAGAAGAAACAAUACACCACAUGAUGUGUUAUUAUAUGUGAUACCGAAAGCUCAUUACUUCAUUUCUAUUGCUUUGUGUUUGAUAAUAUUUCAAGUGUUACAUGAGAUUGUACCUCUUGCAUACACUGCAUUGUAAAUGUUUAUGUAUAUAGGUGAA